AUGUCUGCUCCAGCUCACAAUUACAAGGUCGCCGAUGUCUCUUUGGCAGCUUUCGGUAGGAAGGAAAUUGAAAUAUCCGAACAUGAAAUGCCAGGUUUGAUGGCCAUUAGAAAGGCUUAUGGUGAGGCUCAGCCAUUGAAGGGUGCCAGAAUUGCAGGAUGUUUGCACAUGACUAUUCAAACUGCAGUAUUGAUUGAAACUUUGGUUGCUUUGGGUGCUGAAGUUACAUGGACUUCUUGCAACAUUUUCUCGACGCAAGACCAUGCUGCCGCAGCCAUUGCUGCCGCUGGUGUUCCAGUGUUUGCAUGGAAGGGUGAGACUGAGGAGGAAUAUCUAUGGUGUAUUGAACAACAAUUGUUUGCAUUCAAGGAUGGCAAGAAGUUGAACUUGAUUUUGGAUGACGGUGGGGAUUUAACUUCUUUGGUUCACGAAAAAUACCCAGAGAUGUUAGAUGACUGUUUUGGUUUGUCUGAGGAGACCACUACUGGUGUCCACCACUUGUACAAAAUGUUGAAGGACGGUAAGUUGAAGGUUCCAGCUAUCAACGUCAACGACUCUGUUACCAAGUCCAAGUUUGACAAUCUUUACGGUUGCAGAGAAUCUUUAAUUGAUGGUAUCAAGAGAGCCACCGAUGUUAUGAUUGCUGGUAAGACUGCUGUUGUUGCAGGUUACGGUGAUGUCGGUAAGGGAUGUGCUGCUGCCCUAAGAGGCAUGGGUGCCCGUGUUAUUGUUACCGAAAUUGACCCAAUUAACGCCUUACAAGCUGCUAUGGAGGGUUACCAAGUUUCUACCAUGGAAGAAUGUGCCCACUUUGGUCAAAUCUUUGUUACUACCACUGGUUGCAGAGACAUUAUCCGUGGUGAGCAUUUCUCCAGCAUGCCAGAGGAUGCCAUUGUCUGCAACAUUGGUCACUUUGACAUCGAAAUCGACGUUGCUUGGUUGAAGGCCAAUGCUGUGGAAGUUGUCAACAUCAAGCCACAAGUCGACCGUUACUUGAUGGCUUCUGGCAGACACAUCAUCUUGUUGGCUGAUGGUAGAUUGGUUAACUUGGGCUGUGCCACUGGUCACUCUUCCUUUGUUAUGUCCUGCUCUUUCUCAAACCAGGUUUUGGCUCAAAUCGCUUUGUUCAAGGCUGAUGACAAGGAAUUCAGAGAAAAAUACAUUGAAUUCCAAAAAACUGGUUCUUUCACAGUUGGUGUCCAUGUUUUGCCAAAGAUUUUGGACGAGGCUGUCGCUAAGUUCCAUUUGGAUAAGUUGGGCGUUAAGAUGACCAAGUUGACUGACGUACAAUCAGAGUAUUUGGGCAUCUCUCAAGAAGGUCCUUUCAAGGCUGAUCACUACAGAUAUUGA